AUGGAUGAACCUCAAGAGUCAUCGUCCUGUAUCACCAACGCCCACAACUCCAACUGCAGUAGUAAACCUGGCAGUCCUCCACAAUGCAACGGGGUCUCAGAGUGCCGGACCAUGCUGCGGGUGGCUGAGUCACACGGACUCCAGCUGCUGGGCGUGCUCAGAUCAUUCAGGGAGCGAGGCUUACUGUUUGACUUCACCAUCAAGGUUCAGGAACGCAGUUUUCCCUGCCAUCGCUGUGUCCUUGCAGCAUGCAGUGAUUUCUUCAGGGCCAUGUUUGAGGUGGAUAUGCGAGAGUGCGGGGAUGGUUCGGUGACUCUUGGUAACCAGUGUCCAGAGGCAGUGGGUUUCUUCCUGGACUUUGCCUAUUCUGGAGAGACACUCAUCACUGAUAGUAAUGUAGAUAUGCUGUUUCAGAUUGCCUCUUUUCUGCAGGUUUCAGUCCUGUCCCGAGCAUGCAGCGACUUCCUGAUAGGAACCAUGGAUCUCUGUAACUGCCUGUCCCUCUUCUCCCUUGCUGAGGCAUACGGCUCUGCCUCCCUGCUCAAAAGUGCCAACGACUUUGUGGUUCAGAACUUCUCUGACCUCUCCAAAACCCAGGACUUUCUGGAUAUGCAG